GUCUUCCCUGUGAGGCUGGGAUCUCCUCCGAGCACAGGGCUGUCUUCUGUCUCUGUAUCCUCUAGCCCAGACACGAGCGAGAGCCCGGAAUCCGCGGAGUUAGAAUUCCACGUCCAAAGUUUGGCUGCUGUAGCCUUCGGCGGGCUGGUCAUCAGUAUUCCCCCUCGGCAGAGAGGUGUGGACCAGAUUGGAUUCCUAGAUUUGCAGCCAGCAAGACUCCUGCCCAGCCCGUCACUGAGGGAAUUUCUCUGCCGGCUGCAGGGUAAGAGUCAAACCAGGAUCCAGGGACAUGUGCCAGGUUUGAGACCACACAUGGGACCAUCCCAGGCAUCACUGUGGGCCAAGCCCCAGGCAUCAGCCAUCAAUAAUUGCUAAAAAUAGACGGAAAAGAGCAGGUCAGGAUAUUGCCUUCUAAGACAAUCUCUAUUAACCAUCCUGACCAGAAGCAAGAGGAACAAGCUUGAGAAUCCCUCAGACCCUGAGGGAGAAAAUGAAGCGAUUGUUGCAAGAGUCAGAGGAAGAAAUCAUGGUCACCUUGGGAUCCUCCUCCAGGCUUUCCCCAGAUAAAGCUAAGGCAGAGACUGUGUGUGGCAUCAAGAGCAAGUCCUCAGGCCCUGCCGGAACCUUGCCAGAGGACAGCUUCCUGCCCCCUCACUGUGGGCCUGUAGCCUCUGCCAUUGGUAGGGAUACAGAUGGGGGCCUGGCCCAGCGUUGCAGCUUCGGGCAGCAGGCCAGUGGCCAGCUUCCUCUGGGUUCCACAGCCUGUGUUUCAGGGUCUGCCUCUCAGGACCUCUCAUCUGCCAGCAUUACCACAAGCUGUCCAGAGCCCUCAGAGAGGGAUCAAGCCAAGCCCCUCUUGUCCAGAGGCCUUGGCCAAGGCUGUCGCCAUGAACAGCAAGAACCUUUGGGAGAUGUAGUGGACUAUAUCAUCAGAGAGCUGCAGGGUAUCAGCCGUCUCCAAACUGAGAUUGCUGAGUUGCGGCAGCACUUGAGCCAAGUCCGAGGUUCAGUGGAUGAGGUCUCUAGCUGUGUAGACUCAGUUCUUAGUGAAAUAGAAGGCUUGCAUGUGGGCAGCAGUUCCCUGGCCAAAGGGUGUGGUGGAGGGAAGGCCCAGGAACCCCAUGUGGACAGACCCAGUGAGGAAGCCAUUCUUUAUCUGUAUGGACUUCCUGAGCAAGAUGGGGAAAAUACCAUGGAGCUGGCUCACAACUUCCUGGCCAAGCACAUGUGUGUUAAUGGCAUGCAGUGCAAUAGGUUCAUUAAAGAGGCUUACCGAGCUGGCAGAAGCCCAGCUCCCAGGCCUACUGUUGUGAAGCUUGCCCAUCUAGAGCAUCGGGACCUCAUACUGCAGAAAUCCAUCCUCUUGCAGAGUUUAGGGGUCCGGAUCGCCACCAGAGAAGAACCAAGCCAGCCACCAUGCUCUAAGAAUCCCCCAAAGGAGUCUCUCUCAUCUUUGGAACAACAACUCCAGCAUCACAAUUUGAAUUCUUUACACCUGGAUAAGCCAGUUUUUCCGGUGGAAACAGGGGACAGAGGACCAAUAACAGGAGCACAUCUAAUGAGGGUUCAGAAUCAACAUAGAGAACCCCAGAGCCCUGAACAGCAAGGCCUUUGCUUCCCACCCAAGAAUGAUUUGGCAAAGCCAAGCAAUGAGUCUAAGCCAGGGGGUGAAGUCAGAGGAACAUCAGGAAACCCCCAAGUUCUCAGGAGCUCCUGCAAUGAAUUGACAGGAAGAGAGGCUUCUUUGUCCACCCUCCAUCAGUGUGAGGAACCUUCCCUAGUGUUAAUCUCGAAAGAGGAGGAUUCUGGGAAAUCCCAGGUUUUCAAACAGUGUAACCUGGGACCUAAAGCAGCAAAACUAGAAAACAACCACAGUGACAAAAGUGAGACCGGCAGUUGCCUAUCACUGUCUGAGUUGCUGAAGGCAGAGGACCAACUCCUGGCCUGUGAAGCUGGUUUGGGUAUUCUGAGCUCAAAGCAGCUAGAGGACCUCUUGACAGACAAGUCCAGAAGGUUUGCAACUCUGAGCUGUGACAGCCUGAUGGAGGAAAUCAGCAUUGGGCCCGAGACUUUCAGUGACAUGGUUCAUAUUGACUUGAAUGAAGAGGAGGAGCAUGCCGCUCAGGUCCUCAAAGAUGUCUUGGAAAAGUCCUCUCGCCUGGGUGACUUGCAGGAGGACGAAGAUGUAGAGAUCAAGUUUUACACGAGUAAACUGGGUCGAGCGAUUGACCACUUUCGUUCAGCUUUGCAGGGAGUGUUUCAGAAGCUGGAGAACAGUGGGUCCAUCACCCCUGAGGACCUUGAAAGCAUUGAGAGUGGCUCCCAGUCCGAGAACAGUGAUAGACUUCUUGGCACAGUGAGUUCAAGGGGUGCUCAGGAUUUCUCACUGGGGAGCCCCGGGAGUCAGGGGAGUGAGAGCAUACUCAGCGUGGUGUCUGGUGGAGUGGGCAUCUCUGCCCAGGGAGACCAGGCCUCUCAGGAUCCCAGCAACUCCUCUCCAGCUUCCAGUAACUUGCCUCUUGCAUAUUCAUCACCAGGGUUUGCUCUGGCUCCGUGUCUGGGAAGUGAAACUUGUUCCAGGCCUGAAUCUCCGAAACAGGGCAGGCUAAGCCUAGAGCAAAUGUGCACGGAGACCAUCUACCUCAACAGAUGCAUCAGCAAUUUUAAAGAUGUUCUAAGAGAGAAAAGACUGAGGCAGAAAAAACUUAUACACGAGCUAGAACAGAAGACAGACCAUCUCUCAGUAGAAGACACGCACCCAGAAGGAAAGCGAGGAGCCCUUCAGAUUCCAGAUGAUGGUGAUCCCCGUUUGCCCCAGUGGCUUCCAGAAGGGCCAGCCGGAGGGCUCUAUGGCAUUGACAGCAUGCCGGAUCUACGCAGGAAGAAGACCCUGCCGCUUGUCAGCGACCUGUCACUGGUCCAGUCCCGGAAAGCGGGCAUCACUUCUGCAUUGGCCGCACGCACCUCUCUCAAGGAUGAAGAGCUGAAAUCCCAUGUGUAUAAGAAAACCCUGCAGGCCUUAAUCUACCCCAUCUCGUGCACCACACCCCACCACUUUGAGGUCUGGUCCGCCACCACCCCCACCUACUGCUACGAGUGUGAAGGCCUGCUCUGGGGCAUCGCCCGGCAGGGCAUGCGCUGCAGCGAGUGUGGAGUCAAGUGCCACGAGAAGUGCCAGGACCUGCUUAGUGCCGAUUGCCUGCAGCGGGCUGCAGAAAAGAGCUCUAAACAUGGAGCGGAGGACCGGACCCAGAACAUCAUCAUGGCCAUGAAGGACCGAAUGAAAAUCCGAGAGCGGAAUAAGCCAGAGAUCUUUGAAGUUAUCCGGGAUGUCUUCAACGUGAGCAAAGUCGCGCAUGUGCAACAAAUGAAAACAGUGAAGCAGAGUGUGUUGGAUGGCACCUCCAAAUGGUCAGCCAAAAUCACCAUCACUGUGGUGUGUGCCCAGGGCCUGCAAGCCAAGGACAAGACAGGAUCCAGUGACCCUUAUGUGACUGUGCAAGUGGGCAAAACCAAGAAGCGUACCAAGACCAUUUUUGGAAACCUGAAUCCUGUUUGGGAGGAGAAGUUCCAUUUUGAGUGCCACAACUCUUCCGACCGCAUUAAGGUACGUGUGUGGGAUGAGGAUGAUGACAUCAAGUCACGAGUAAAGCAGCGGCUAAAGCGAGAGUCUGAUGAUUUCCUCGGCCAAACCAUCAUUGAGGUUCGAACGCUGAGUGGCGAAAUGGACGUCUGGUACAACUUGGAGAAGAGGACAGACAAGUCAGCCGUCUCAGGGGCCAUCCGACUGCAAAUCAGCGUGGAGAUCAAGGGGGAGGAGAAGGUAGCCCCAUAUCAUGUGCAGUAUACGUGUCUCCAUGAGAACCUCUUCCAUUACCUCACGGACAUUCAGGGCAGUGGAGCAGUCCAGAUCCCUGAGGCUCGAGGAGACGAUGCGUGGAAGGUGUACUUUGAUGAGACUGCCCAGGAAAUUGUGGAUGAAUUUGCCAUGCGCUAUGGCAUUGAGUCCAUAUAUCAGGCCAUGACGCAUUUUGCAUGUUUGUCCUCCAAGUAUAUGUGUCCUGGUGUGCCAGCAGUGAUGAGCACCUUACUGGCCAACAUCAAUGCCUACUAUGCCCACACAACUGCCUCCACCAAUGUCUCUGCAUCUGAUCGUUUUGCAGCCUCCAACUUUGGGAAAGAGAGAUUUGUGAAACUCCUGGACCAGCUGCACAAUUCACUGAGGAUUGACCUCUCCACCUACAGGAAUAAUUUCCCUGCUGGGAGCCCUGAGCGACUUCAGGACUUAAAGUCCACAGUGGAUUUGCUGACCAGCAUUACUUUCUUCCGAAUGAAGGUGCAAGAACUUCAGAGCCCUCCAAGAGCCAGCCAGGUAGUAAAAGAUUGUGUGAAGGCCUGUUUGAACUCAACAUAUGAGUACAUCUUCAACAACUGCCAUGACUUGUACAGCCGCCAGUACCAGCUGAAUCAGGAGCUGCCUCCAGAGGAACAGGGGCCCAGCAUUAGGAACCUGGAUUUCUGGCCCAAACUCAUCACACUCAUUGUGUCAAUCAUAGAGGAAGAUAAGAAUUCCUACACCCUCGUUCUGAACCAGUUUCCCCAGGAGUUGAAUGUGGGAAAAGUCAGCGCAGAAGUGAUGUGGCAACUCUUUGCCCAAGACAUGAAAUAUGCACUGGAGGAGCAUGAGAAGGACAGGCUGUGCAAGAGCGCCGACUACAUGAACCUGCACUUCAAGGUCAAGUGGCUGCACAAUGAAUACGUGCGGGAUCUGCCUGCCCUCCAGGGCCAGGUGCCCGAGUAUCCGGCGUGGUUUGAGCAGUUUGUCCUGCAGUGGCUGGACGAGAAUGAGGAUGUGUCCUUGGAAUUCCUGCGUGGGGCCUUGGAACGAGAUAAGAAGGAUGGGUUCCAGCAGACAUCAGAGCACGCACUCUUCUCUUGCUCUGUGGUGGACGUCUUCACACAGCUCAAUCAGAGCUUUGAGAUCAUCCGGAAACUGGAAUGCCCAGACCCCAACAUCCUUGCCCACUACAUGAGGAGAUUUGCUAAGACCAUCGGGAAGGUGCUCAUGGAAUAUGCAGACAUCUUAUCAAAGAACUUCCCAGCUUACUGCACAAAGGAGAAAAUGCCUUGCAUCCUGAUGAACAACAUGCAGCAGCUGAGGGUGCAGCUGGAGAAGAUGUUUGAGGCCAUGGGAGGCAAGGAGCUGGACCCUGAGACUGCAGACAGUCUGAAGGAGCUUCAGGUGAAACUGAAUGCAGUUCUGGAUGAGCUCAGCAUGGUGUUUGGAAACAGUUUCCAGGUGCGGAUCGAUGAGUGUGUUCGACAAAUGGCUGACAUCCUGAGCCAGGUGCGGGGCCCAGGGAACGCAUCCCCCAACGCACGGGCCUCGGUGACCCAGGAUGCGGACAGUGUGCUCCGGCCUCUCAUGGACUUCCUGGACGGCAACCUCACGCUUUUUGCUGCUGUGUGUGAGAAGACAGUCCUGAAGCGGGUGCUGAAGGAGCUCUGGCGGGUGGUAAUGAACACGAUGGAAAGGAUGAUUGUUCUGCCUCCACUCACCGACCAGACGGGCACCCAGCUGAUCUUCACUGCUGCCAAGGAGCUGAGCCAGCUUUCCAAACUCAAGGACCACAUGGUGCGAGAGGAAACACGGAAUCUGACGCCAAAGCAGUGUGCCACCCUUGACCUCGCCCUGGACACCAUCAAGCAAUACUUUCAUGCCGGAGGCAACGGGCUGAAGAAAACCUUCCUGGAGAAGAGCCCAGAUCUGCAGUCCCUGCGCUACGCCCUGUCUCUGUACACACAGACCACAGACACUCUCAUCAAGACCUUUGUGCGCUCACAGACUGCCCAGGUGCACGAUGGGAAAGGUAUUAGGUUUACUGCCAAUGAGGACAUUCAGCCGGAAAAGGGCUCCGGUGUGGAUGAUCCUGUGGGAGAAGUCUCUAUUCAUGUGGACUUGUUUACACAUCCUGGAACUGGGGAGCACAAGGUCACAGUGAAAGUGGUUGCUGCCAAUGACCUCAAGUGGCAGACAGCAGGUAUGUUCCGGCCCUUUGUGGAAGUCACCAUGGUUGGCCCUCACCAAAGUGAUAAAAAGAGGAAGUUCACAACCAAGUCAAAAAGUAACAACUGGGCUCCCAAGUACAACGAGACGUUUCACUUCCUCCUGGGAAAUGAAGAGGGGCCAGAAGCCUAUGAGUUGCAAAUAUGCGUGAAGGAUUACUGCUUUGCACGGGAGGACCGUGUGCUGGGGCUGGCUGUGAUGCCUCUGAGGGAUGUGGCAGCCAAGGGCAGCUGUGCUUGCUGGUGCCCCCUGGGCCGGAAGAUCCACAUGGAUGAGACAGGCAUGACCAUUCUCCGGAUUCUGUCUCAGAGGAGCAAUGACGAAGUGGCCCGGGAGUUUGUGAAGCUCAAAUCGGAGUCUCGUUCCUUGGAGGAGGGGAGCUGAGCACCCAGGCUCCUGUGCCGACCAGAGGGCACCAGUUCCACAAGUCAGGGAUAAUAGGACUUACUACGUAGUUGUCUUAGAUCCUCACAGUCAAGAGGCUGAUUCAUUCAGUUAGGAACGUUUAAGGAAAAAUCUAGGGUGGUGUGAGUGUGGCUUUUCACAGAAAGGGUCUGAAUCCCUGACCAGCAGGUCUGUGGUGCUAGGAGCUGGGCUGUGGGGCUUACCACACAGGGAGAUUUUUCACAGAGGGGCAGACAUUUCUGAAAGUGUCAGCCAUUCUUGGUAGAGAUCCUUCACUCCCACACCCUUUUCUCCCCCUCUCCAUACCACACCUAAUCCAGUUAGAUCCAUAUGUACCAAUCAUUAGAGGAACACGUUUAGGGGGCCUGGAGCUUGUGCCUAAUUAGGUAAGUAAUCCGUUGAGUCUGCAGGUACUGCUGAGCCCUGUAGUCUGAGCUGGAGUAUGGCCAGGGCAGGAACACACAGAAUUGAAUGCAGACCAUCCCUUGAGCAGAACCCAGCAGUGUAGAGUGGCUCAAGGGAGUACAGGGCAUUGAGACUGAACAAGAUACCUUUCAGCAGUGAGCUAUGCUCAUCCCUUCCCCCAGAUUAGCUGUCGUGAGUAGAACCAGGUUCACAUGGUGCUUCAGAGGCCUGUGCAGAAUUUCUUUGGAACCCAAGCACCAGGGGCCACCUGCCCAGGAGUCUCCCUACCUCACUCCUUUAGGAAGGGGAGUGAUGCUUCAGGAUAUGAAAGGCUCUUAAGUAUACAUAUCUGAGAGCUCGUUGAAGAAUCCAGGAGAGAGGGCUUCUUCAUAGCUAAACCCUGAACAAAGCCAAAAAUUGUGGAAAUAGUCUAGAAGGAGUCCUGUUCACCUAUGGCCACGGCCUUCUGGUGGUCCUCGCCCUUGCAGACAGAAUCUAGCCUUUGUCCUCACUCCCU